AUGUUAAACCUCAAACCGCUCUGGCACCAGCUGACUCUGCAAGUGCUGGAUUUUGUCCAGGACCCUUGCUUUGCCCAAGGAGAUGGGCUCAUCAAGCUUUAUGAGAACUUCAUCAGUGAGUUUGAACACAGGGUGAACCCUUUAUCCCUGGUAGAGAUCAUUCUUCAUGUAGUUAGGCAAAUGACAGAUCCCAAUGUGGCCCUUACUUUUCUGGAAAAGACUCGAGAAAAGGUAAAAAGCAGUGAUGAAGCUGUCAUUUUGUGUAAAACGGCCAUUGGGGCUCUCAAGCUGAACAUUGGAGACCUACAGGUCACAAAGGAGACCAUUGAGGAGGUUGAGGAGAUGCUGAACAAUCUCCCUGGGGUGACUUCGGUUCACAGCCGUUUCUAUGAUCUCUCCAGCAAGUACUACCAGACGAUUGGGAACCAUGCCUCCUACUACAAGGAUGCCCUGCGGUUUCUGGGAUGCAUUGAUGUUAAGGAUCUGCCAGUAUCGGAGCAGCAGGAGAGAGCCUUUACCCUGGGACUGGCAGGGCUGUUGGGAGAAGGUGUUUAUAACUUUGGGGAGCUGCUCAUGCACCCUGUUCUGGAGUCCCUGAGAAACACUGAUCGGCAGUGGCUAAUUGAUACGCUCUAUGCCUUCAACAGUGGUAAUGUAGAGACGUUUCAGGCUCUAAAGUCAGCAUGGGGUCAGCAGCCAGAUCUGGCAGCAAAUGAAGCACUUUUGCUGCAGAAGAUUCAGCUGUUAUGUCUUAUGGAGAUGACUUUCACCCGACCCGCCAAUCAUAGACAGCUCACUUUUGAGGAGAUUGCUAAGAGUGCCAAAGUCACUGUGAAUGAGGUGGAACUGCUGGUGAUGAAGGCGCUCUCGGUAGGAUUGGUAAAAGGCAGUAUUGAUGAAGUGGAUAAGAAGGUGCACAUGACAUGGGUACAACCACGUGUGUUGGAUUUACAACAGAUCAAAGGGAUGAAAGACCGCCUGGAGUUCUGGUGCACAGAUGUGAGGAGCAUGGAGAUGUUGGUGGAGCACCAAGCCCAUGACAUCCUAACAUAGAGGACCUUGCACUGCCCCGAGAGAGUAAUGUCUACUGCUACCGAUGCUAGCAGCACUCGGACCACUGACUCUGUACUGGAUUAUAUUGAAGGGGGGAGGGUGGGCAGAGGGGAGAGCAGCUUUUUGACGCUUGUACAGAGGAGUAAGUGGCCUUUUGCUGUGUAACCCUUUGGUGCUUGGAGUCAAGAUUUCCCUAUGCGCUAACACUAGUGGCACUGACCAUGGGAGCUCCUGUCCUGUCCUCGUCAAAGGAGGACAAAGGUUCUGCUGCGGUUGAUUCCUCAGUCUUGCUAGUGAACUGUUGUGGGAGAAGGUAAUGCUGGUUACGUGCUACAGGAGCGGAGGUUAUUGUGUGGGAGGAUGUGAUGCUGGUUACAUGCUACAAAAGUGGACGCUGUCUGCCUGGUAAAGGGGUGGCAGAAGCUCCCCUGUGAAAAUGUUCUAGAGAGGUGCCUGACCAUUGUAUGUCAUAUUACUUAGUAGUAUCGGCCUUAUGUGAGGGUAUGACCUUCCCCUGGUAACGUCUCCCUCCCUGCCCCUGCAGCAGCCCAAAGGCAGCAUUACUGAAAUCAUCUUUCUCCUUCUGCCCUCUUUCUCCACAACCCCUUCUCCUCAUUUGCAGUAGAGGGAGUGUUUACUCCAUCAAAGGGUUUUUUCCAGGAUUACAGUUUAGUGGAUUUGUUUUUAUAUACUUUUGGGGGUUGAUGUCUCUUAUGAACACUUUAUGCUAAAGUGUGGUGCAGCAAUAUUGCUGGAAUAAACUUCUCUGCCUUCCCUUU